AGUUUUUUGUUGAUUUAUUAUUAUCAUUCAGAACAUGGAUGUUGUCCAGAAAGCGCUCCUGUCUUGCACUGAGUCCCUGGUACUUGGCCAUGGGCACGGUUUCCAUAGCGAGGUCUCAGCUGCGGGUCCUCAGGACAUUCUGAUGGCCAGCCUGGGGCACUUGCUCUUGAAGGAUGUGAAGGAUUUGGGAUUAUUUCAAUCACUUAGGAUCUGCUCUUUGCCCGACAAUUGUAUUACAGCAAUAGAUGCUCUCGCAGAAUGUGUACUUUUGGUGAAAUUGGAUCUCAAUGGUAACCAGAUUGUCCAACUACCAGAUGCAUUGUUUUGGGCAAAGCUGGGACAGCUGCAGCUUCUUAAUCUCCAUGACAACCACAUGGAGACAAUACAGAACACCAAAGGAUUGGCUGGCUGCCCAAACCUCACUGGGCUGACCCUCUACAACACCCCAUUCAGUCUGAAGGGGGACUACAGAUGCACUGUGGUCUACAGCAUGUGGUCACUGAGGGCCUUGGACCGCCACGUGAUCUCAGACCAGGAGCUGGCCAGUCUCCACUUCCCCCCAAAGUUCAAAGCCUUCAGCCCAAACCUUUUAGUAAACCUUAGUAGUCCAUCAGCGCCACUGGACCGAUAUCAGGGCGAAAUUAAUUCAACUCACAAAAUCCUUUCGGAGAUUCACAGGAUUCAGGCAACAUAUUGCCCCAUUCUCAUCAUCCAACGUUGGAUUAGAGGUCACUUGACAAGAAAAAGGCUUGGACUAGUCAAAGCAGUACCUCGGCCUAAACAGAGGAAAAGCCCCCAUUAUACAUUGGAUUCCGCAGCUGAGCAAACCACUCAGCGGAGCUGGGGCAGUGAUUGUUUGGGCAAAGAGGAAAUGCAGAGGCUCAAUAAUCACAGUGUGAAACCCAGAAGAAUAACUUUGAACUUGAGUAAACUUCUACAAGGCACUCUAGAGGUUUCACAAAUAGAAUUACCAGUGGAGGCCAAGAACAAAAAUAACCCUCUGCCAAACACAACGGAAAACCGAAGAAAUGAACCUUCUGGAAGCCCUGAAGCUGUCCGAGGAAGAAAACCUAAAGAGGUUCCCAAGGUGUUGUCGUUUCCUAUGCACUGCUGCAAGGUCGCGUUGCUCAACGUCGUCCACCCUCCCAGAGACGUGCCCCCCGUCCGGCACCGGGAGAGCCAAGACCCCCGCCACGCUGUUCAGAACGUCCACUCCCAGCGAGAGAACCAAUCCAGAACCUCCAUGCAACACGUUGGCUUCUGCACGGGCGUACACAUGGACGCCAGUGAGAAAAGAUGGAUGUUCUGCCCUCAGGGAGUUCUCAACAAGGUUGAGAAAGAUUGUGGAAAACGACUGGAGACCAGAGCUGAGAUCAUGAAGCUAAAGGCAGAGCAGGUGACCCGGUCCUUAGAGUGGAGGCAAGGCGCCAAAACCGCACGCCAAAGCUUCAUCGAGAGCAAACGGAUGGAGGCGGUGGGGAGGGGGAGGCGGGAACGGGCCCUGAUGGAGGCGGCCGUUCAGCAGAAGAGGGUCAGCCUGGACAGGGAAGUGGAGGACGCAAGGCUGAGGCACUUCGCCUUCCUUGAGGAGAAGAAGAGAGCGGCCUUAGAGCGGGAGAUGGAGCGGGAGUUCAGCUGGCGGCUUGCCUCGGUGUCCAAGAUCAUGGACAAAUACAGCGCCCAGCAGAAAGCACUCGCCCUCAGACAAGCAACGAGCAAGAGCGUAGUCAGGUCCAGGGUGAAACCAGGGUUCCCGAAACCUCAACAGAUACCUGUCCAGGUACUCCCAGAAGAUGCACCAUGAGAACCGUCAGUUUGGCAUGUGUGUGAGUGGAUUACCAUGCAGGUCAACAAGAACAAUGAAAGCUAUUACGCAAUAAAAUCAUUAUUUUAUUACUUUAAUAAGUUAAUGUCGUUUUUGAUACAUUGACUUUUGUUGUCAAGACUGAAAUAUGACCUUAAUUAGGCAUAUUACUAUUUUGAACCACCUGAGUGCUAUUAUCC